GGCAGGGAGGCAGGGACGCUGGCUGGGCUCCUCCUCGCGCGGGCGACUGGGCGGGCUCGGCUUUUCGGCGGCCGUUUCGGGCCUCCUUUCCCUUUCAGCCACGCAGCGCGGUGGUAGCGGCAGCGGCAGCAGCUCCCCCCCUCCUCCCGCGUCCGCUUCCCCGCCACCCGAGGCUCGCUCGCUGGUCCUGCCUGCGCGCUUGAGACGGCGGAGGCGGGUGGCGCGACCGGCCGGCAGGCAGGCGGGCAGGCGAAGAGGGCCGGAGCGAGCGUGCGUGUUUGUGUGUGUGUGGUGAAGGCCGGAGCGGCCGGCGGGGGAGAUGAACACCGUCCUGACCCGCGCCAACUCUCUCUUCGCCUUCUCGCUGAGCGUGAUGGCGGCGCUGACCUUCGGCUGCUUCAUCACCACCGCCUUCAAAGAGCGCACGGUGCCCGUCAGCAUCGCCGUCUCGCGGGUCAUGCUGAAAAAUGUAGAAGACUUCACUGGACCUGGAGAAAGAAGUGACCUUGGAAUCAUUACUUUUGACAUUACUGCAGAUCUGCACAGUAUAUUUGACUGGAAUGUGAAACAAUUAUUUCUGUAUUUAUCAGCAGAAUAUUCAACAAAGAACAAUGCUUUGAACCAGGUUGUCCUCUGGGACAAAAUUAUUUUAAGAGGGGAUAACCCAAAGCUGCUGUUGAAAGACAUGAAAUCAAAAUACUUCUUCUUUGAUGAUGGAAAUGGUCUCAAGGGCAACAGAAACAUCACAUUGACUCUUUCAUGGAAUGUCGUACCAAAUGCUGGCAUCCUACCUCUUGUGACAGGAGCAGGACACAUAUCUGUUCCAUUCCCAGAUACUUAUAAAACGGCAAAAAGCUAUUAAAUUAUUAUGCUGAACCUUGAGUAACAUAUUUUUAUACUUGUACAUUAUAAAUUUUAUCGCUUUUUCGUCUCCCGCCCACCUCAAUUCAAAGGUACUGUACUGAGUUUCUUUAGGUUUAGCUGAGAUGGAAGGAAAAUAAUUUGUCUGGUUUGUUUUCAACUUUCAAUUCAAAAAAAUGAACUUGAAAUCUCAAGGAAAGGUGAAUAGUUGUUUUAAAUUUUGGGCAAAAAGUUAUUGUUCUGGUUAUCAGGACAGGUAAUACCUUUCUUACAAAUAAAACUUUUUGAAACCAGAAA